AUGCCAGGAGAAGCGAGUAGCUACAGAGGCGGCAAAGUUAUCUACAUCGAUACCGAAAACACAUUCCGCCCCGAACGUCUACGACAAAUUAGCGAGCGCUUUAACAUGGAUCAAGAAUCAAUGCUGGACAAUGUCCUGUAUGCACGAGCGUACACCUCGGAUCACCAGAUGGAAUUGCUUGAUUUUGUUGCUGCGAAAUUCCACGAGGAACUGGGUAUUUUCAAGCUAUUGGUGGUUGAUUCAAUCAUGGCGCUUUUUCGAGUGGAUUACAGUGGCCGUGGUGAGCUUGCCGAACGACAACAGAAACUUGCCCAAAUGCUGUCACGCCUGCAGGCAAGUAAUUUGUUGUCAGCGCACGGAUCCACGUCAAAAAUCACGACAAUAAUAAUGACAAUAAUAAUAAUA